GGCGACACGUGGCAUAAACGGAUGCUCGCCGGUUAAUGAGAAAAACACGCCGAACAAUCCUUUGCAGUGACGGUUUGGGGAUUAACAAAUACAAGGGAGCCAACGGAAUUUCAAGAUUGGACGCCUGAUCAAUCGCCAUCCUUUCCCCCAACGCUCUCUCUUUUCUGUUCUGGCUCUCCUUUCUUUCGAAAAUCACAGUUCAUCGGUCAAACUACAUGUUAAGUGGUUUCUAAGGCAACCAUUUGAUAAGGAACAAAAUGAUUACACAUGAUCCAGAUCCAGAUGUAGUUCGAUGGGGUCUCCAUCAUAUUAAUGUUUGUGCAAUUCCUAAUGUUGGUUCAGGUAGUGUUACACAAUAUGAAACAGACGGAAGUCAAGUUGGGUAUAUUAGUGAAGGUUAUGAUGGUAGUGUGGCACAGCAUGAAACAGGCAGAUGUCAAUUGCGGUUUAUGAGAGAAGGUUAUGAUAAAGUAUUAUAUACAAAUGUAGAUAAUGAUGCAGUCAUUGCACGUGCUUUCCAAGAAGAACUUUCACGAGUUGCCGCUGCUGAAGCAUCUGGAAUGUAUAAUUCUGAGAAGGAAUCCAUUGUUCAACAGAACUGGCGUUCUCAUCAUGGAAGACAUGCUACUUCUGGUGAUAACAAAGAUCAGCAAGGGAGAGACGGUGAAAGCAAAAACCAAAAACAGGUAGAUGAGCAUUGGGAAAAGGAAGAAGAAAAUAAGGUUUCCAUCAAAAUGAAAAGUAAAGAGGGUGGUGAAAUGCGAAUUUCCGGUCCAUCUUUAAAUAGGCCAGAGACGUCAAACUCUGUUGAUACCUUAUUUGGUUCCUUAGACAUAGUGGAUGAGUCAGCUCUUGAUGGUGAACUAGGCAAGAGGUUGAAUGACAUGGUCCCUGUUCCUCAUGUUCCUAAAAUAAAUGGAGAGUUACCAUCACCUGAUGAAGAGAUAUCAGAUCACCAAAGACUGCUCGACAGACUGCAGUUAUAUGAUCUGGUAGAGAAUAAGGUUCAAGGAGAUGGUAACUGUCAGUUCCGAUCUUUAUCUGAUCAACUGUAUCGUUCUUCUGAUCACCACAGAUUUGUGAGAGAGCAAAUCGUUAAUCAGCUAAAGACUCAUCCAGAUUUGUACGAGGGCUAUGUUCCAAUGGCUUAUGAUGGCUAUUUGAAGAAAAUGAGCAAGACUGGUGAAUGGGGUGAUCAUGUCACAUUGCAGGCUGCUGCAGAUUGGUUUGGUGUCAAGAUAUUUGUCAUUACUUCAUUCAAGAAUACAUGUUACAUUGAGAUUCUCCCUAGCAUGCUAAAGUCCAAAAGAGUUAUUUUCUUGAGCUUUUGGGCUGAGGUGCACUACAAUUCAAUAUAUCCAGAAGGAGAGAUGCCUCUUGUGGAGAAGAAGAAGAAGAAAUGGUGGAUGCUUUGAGCCUAGGCAUUUCUUCAUUUUGGGUUAUUUGGUCUCUUGAAGGAAUCAUUGUUUGCAAGGGAGCAUCUGCCGUUCAUUGACAUUCUUCUUUCACUGAUUCGUGCCGCAUCAGCUUCCUCGUUAUACAUUGUAUCUUCUGAUUAGAUCUUGUUUGUCGCCUUUGAUCUUCUUUGUACAUAAUUUCUUGAAGUUGUUUGAGUUUGGCUGCUACGGAAAACUCUUUGGUAUUUUCAUUUUUAUCAGUCCAUUGGCUAAAUU